AUGGCGCUCAGCGACACCUUCAAGUCCGCCUACGAGGACUUCUUAUCAGACCUCAGCGCUGAUGAUCGGGCCCGCUAUAACGCCAGAUGCACGCCUGCCGAUUUGUUGGAUAGCCUUGACAAGAUAUGCGGUCUAUCCCAGAGGACCCAAAAGAGGCGCUUUGAGAGGACCUUGUCAGUGAUAAGCGACUUCAAUGACCGAAUGAGACCGUUUUUUGCCAUCCUGGACAGCUCUUUGGCAAGCUGUUUCCCUACGUUCCUCACCAAGCUUGUCCAAUGCAUCAAGGAACUCACCGAAUCCUUUCCUAAGUAUGCAGCACUUGAGGAGAUAAAUCGCGGCAAGCCCACCCCUCGACUUACAAAGCAUCUGGGCCAAGUGUAUCGAGAUCUUUUCGACUUCUUCGAUGGUGCGGCCUCUGUGUUUAUGUCCAGCAACGGGAAAAUCAAACGCCCGGUUGAGCUGAUCGCGACUGUAAUAUGGAGGCCAUUCGAUGAAAGGUUUAGGGAGAUUUUGGUCAACAUGAAAAGGCAUCAGAAGGCACUAACGGAGGAAAUUCAUAUCCUACAGCUUAGCGAGACAGCUGACUUAGUAGCUGAGAUGAAUCAUAUCUCGCAGCAGGUGGAAAGAAAUGAGGCCAGCAUUGCCGACCUGAAGAGCGGAAUGACAUACUACGACAAAGGUGCCACGAUCAAGCGAGCUCAAGAUUGGUUAGGCCCUCCAGCGUUCGCAAGUACAUAUCACAAAGCACUCGACCAAUGCGAGCAGGACACUGCACAGUGGAUCUUUGACGUGAAGCAGUUUCAGACGUGGUCCACAAGCGUGAUGGAUGCAUCAGCGCAACACUCUGGAAAGAGAACUACAGCUGAUGGUAGAGUCCUCUGGAUCCACGACGGCAGUCAACCAGACCUCUAUUACUUUUUCUUCAAGCAUGAUCACCCCUUUCAUACCACACUGGAACUCGCAUAUCGAGCUAUUCUGGCACAAAUCCUUCACAAAUAUCGGCACCAUGAAAGCAUGAUCGACAAGUUUAUGUUUGCCAUCGAGCACAGCGACACCUCCACUGGCCAGCCAAGAGCAACGGAGGCAGAGCUGAAAGAGCUCGUCCAUCUUUGCCUAGGUUCUGUUGACUCCCCUAUCCUUGUUCUCGAUGGAAUAGAUGAAUGUGUUGAGCCGUCUAAAGUCGUCAACGACCUGAGGUUGUUUCUCUCUAUCCCGGCCUUGCGGGUACUGCUUUUUAGUCGGCCCAACGUCGCCCCAUUGACAAAGUUCAUACAGGUAGGUCAUCGGCUAGAAUUUGGACAAGAGCUUGUAGACCAGGACAUUGCCCUAUUCUGCCGACGCCAGCUCACCAACCUGCUUGAAGACGAACUUCUCUACGAAAGCGCAGACAUCACUCAGUUGACACAGAGACUGGUUCUCGGAGCCGACAAGAUGUUUCUCUGGGCAAGACUGAUGGUCACUCUCUUGCACUCGCCCGCGCUGACACGAAGGGAGAGAGAAGAGAUAAUUCACUCCAUCACCCUUCCAGAAGGACUCGAGGGUGUUUACAUCAGAAUCUUCCGACAAAUUUCCCAGCUCGACUUCGCACAGCGACGGAUGGCAAGCCGAGUCAUCCGAUGGACCCUAUUCUUUACAAAGCAGAUAACCCUGGCGCUCCAGGAUUGGCAUCAACUUCUCGGAGUCGAACAGCCGGUGUGCAAUAGGACAGCAUUCAAUAAGAUCUCCGAGCUCGUCACCGUAGUUACCUGCGGCCUAGUGAGUUUUUCAGAGAUAUCAAGUGGUUAUUUAAUGUCGGGGAUUGCUUUCCCUACUCGCUGCUCCUUUAUUCAUCUUUCUGUGUUGGAACAUCUCUCGAAAUGGACACCAACGGAACCUGAUAUCGCGAGAGUCUAUCCGGACCCUGUGGUCUCCAACAUGGAGAUUGCAAAGGACUGUCUGGAUCAUCUCCUGCGGGCUGCCCCUCAGUCUAUGCCCCUAUGUGUCGAGAGCGGGGCGAUCCCUCGGAACCAGAGCCAGAUUAACGCGGCGCAGCACGAAAGAUGCCUGGCUGCCAUCACUGGGAUGUGCAACUCUCUAGAAAAGUUUCUUGAGCAGCCUCUCGCGGUAGCCUUCUGGAUCCAGUGCUUUUAUUCCAGCCCAAUAGCAGAGCCGAGUCAGCUCCGCAGGGGUGACAGGUUUGCUCUUGGGGGAGAGUUUAUCGUCAAUAUAUCUUACCGAUUCCCACAGGUACUAGACUGGCUGGCCUGGGUCGGAAAACUUCCACUGGCGGGCUCUCUGGAGGGCCGUUUCGCGUUGCUGAAACAGAACCUCACCUCCUUGCUGACUGACUUGACUGAGAUCAGUCUACAUUGGGCCAAGAAGCUGUUAGAGUCUCCUUCGCUGAUUUGGACCGAUGUUCUCAUUUUUACUAAAAGCCGGUAUCUACCAACCCCUCAAUCAGCCUAUCGAAUACAGAUGAACACGACAGCACCCACAGUCGGCGGCGCAAGCUCCCGGAGGCUCUGCCAUAUAUCCGCAACCUCGCCUGACGGGAGCGUCCUCGGCGUCCUUAGCAUCUGGCCCUCGGACGACUUUGAGCAGUUUUGGGAGGCCAUCGAGCCAGCAACAGCGUACUCCCAGGUCGAGAACUAUUGCAAAGGUUGGCAUGCCAUUUAUGAGCUUAGUUUGGUCGGCGAACCAAUGCGUAGUUUGGGUUCCGUCACAAUACCCCUACAGGCCUCAGAGAUCGCUCUGCAGAUGAGGCAGGCGUUUCGACAAGAGCUCUUCACGUCCUGGAAGGCCUCUUUCCCUCUCUCGAUCAGCCCCGACGGCUACUCAAUGUCCAUUCUGCGGACAGUUUACCGAGUUUCUAUCGACCCGUCCUCUUCAAAGCUACAAUUCCAAUCUUGCCUCAUCCCACUCCAAGAUAUCCAAGCAAUUCAGCAUCUCUGGGAUGAUAGGCUGAAGCCGUUUGAUCCAGAGGCGUGCCUCAGGGCCGGGCUGCCACCAACAUUGCAACUGCUACAUCGGCGCAUCUACACAUACUGCACCUUGUUCAACGCGGACAGCCGGUAUCUCUUCUUCCAGGACAGCAGGCGAGCAGAACCCCCCACGCUGGCUGUUUUUGAAAUCAUUGAAUCUGCGCAAGACCACAGUCUUCGGGCCCAGGUCGUUGCCGUCGCCCCAGGCAUCGUAGGGGGUUUUUGGCUGGGCCCUCUGCAGCUAGCAACCGCAAAAUUCCAUCCUAAGUGGAAGCUUAUUGUAUUUGCUAUCAAAAAUAUUGUUAGCAUAUGGGAUUUCUCCAACAACAUCGUGGGGGAUUUAUCGCAAGGGGGCCCGGAGAUUACAUCCCUUCAAUUAUCUACCUGCGGAAACUACGUGAUCGUGGCGCGGGGGGGGAUCGACCGACAGGAGGUUUUCGACCUACGAGAAAGCAUGAGCCUUGACAGUAAUCUUCCGAAUUCGAACGCAGUGGCACAGCCUCACGAGUCCAAGCGAGUUACUACUUUGCUGGGGAGGAGUGUUGGAGACCUCGCUUCUGAGGCCGGAAUCAUCAGAGCUGGCGACGCAAGCGUUACGCUCAGGCACAAUAAUACGAGUGGCGUUGCUAGUGAGGGAACAGUGCAAGGCACCAGCUACCAUCUAAGUGCGAGUUCUGGGAACAUCAUGCUCAGCUGUUCCUCGCUGGCUGGAGACGGGAGGUCAGCGAAACCCGUCGCCUCCAGCGAGAUACAGCUACUCGCGCUACCAGGCGAGAGUUGCACAAAACAAGGCCGCAUCACUGUGUAUCCUGCGAAAGCGGGCGAGCAUCAUGUAUCGAUCUUGGUGGACAAAGAGAUGGAAACCGGCUACAACUUGCUAGACCAACGGCAAUCAACCCUCCCCGCCCUAAUAAGGAAGGAUGAGCGAUCGCUCGUCAGCAAAAUAAUUCUGGAAGUUGGGUUGAAUCCCGGGGUCAAGCGAUCUUUUGGCGAAGUGGAUAGCUGGGCUAACGAGGGAGGUCCAGGUCAACUUGAAGGAACUGAGGAGUCCAACUCUACCGAGUCCCGGUUAUCUCGAGCUCCCUCAAAGUCUUUAGUGUACUCGGGACACUUCCGGGGUGUUCGCGACUAA